UCUUUACCGGUUCGAUUCCCUCGCCACUGCCCCCAUGCCGACAAACACGUGCUUCCGGUAAGAAACGCUUACUUCCGGCGUGUAAUAGUGACGUAAACAAACAUAGAAGUAGGAAAAGUGUAAAGUAGCGGCACCGGCUCGGUGGAGACGCAACUUCCUGGUUCAUUUUGAAGCUUUCUCAAGGCGGAAGUGAGUUUGCUUACAGAAAGGAGUGUCUUAAACGACACGUGCUUUCAUGAACCGGAGGCCUCUUUAGUCAGACUCUAGGACAUGAAGGCUUCUGCUAAGAUACCAACCAUAUUAUUGUCCUUGAUUUUAGUUAGUUAGCAUUCUAAGGUUUGAUUAAAAAUAAAUAAAAAUUUUUUUUUACAUAAAUACAGUACCUUUAGAACAAGGAAUUGCCAAACAACUCCCUGCCAUUCCUGAAUUACAGAACCAGUCUCCCCCCCAAAAAAGCAUAACGAAACUUGCUUUGUUUUAAAUGUCAUUCCAAAUGCUAAUGUGCUUGGUCUGUAACCAUGCUCAAUACAGUGGUACCUCAGGUUACAUACGCUUCAGGUUACAGACUCCACUAACCCAGAAAUAGUACCUCAGGUUAAGAACUUUGCUUCAGGAUGAGAACAGAAAUCGUGCUCCGGCGGCAGCAGGAGGCCCCAUUAGCUAAAGUGGUGCUUCAGGUUAAGAACAGUUUCAGGUUAAGAACGGACCUCCGGAACGAAUUAAAUACUUAAUCCAAGGUACCACUGUAACUGCCAUAUACAUGGUAAGUCAUUCCACACUCUAGUAAAUGGUUGUUUAGCCUGCCUAUUUCUUUAAAAUUUGUUAAUUUGCCCAUUAAUACAAAAUCCCAUAUCUGCAAAAGCCACAUUCUAAGAGUCUAGCAACAGUGAGCUUUGUUACUAUUAAUAGGUUGGCGCUAAGUCUCUUAUUUGAGCGAUUUUUUUUGCUUCCUUAGCGUAGUUAAGUGUUUGAUUCUUACUAUGUAAAUGGCAUAGGGAACUUCUACUGAUUGGGUGGUAUUCAUUUGCAUUAUGGUAAAAGUUGUCUGCACUACAUAUUUCUGCCACAUGGUAACAUUUUAUGCUUAUCUGCAUGAAGCCUUCAACUACAGGUUAUAUCCAUUUAACUUUUACUCAAGAGUAAGACAUUGAAAUUAAUACAGUAGAUCCAAAUUAGCUAUGUCCAUUCAUAGCAAUGGGUUUACUCUAAGGAGGACCAACAUUAGAAAAUAGCACAAAGGCUCUUUCUAGUCAGGCAGCUGAAGAUAGAAGGAAGCCAUCAGAAAUUCUGUGAUCAUCCCUAGGAUGCACAAUACCUUUGUAAGCUUAAAGGCUCAAAACCUUACCUAGAAUUACAAUGAUGUAAAUUGCUAAAGACAGGAGUGCCAGGCGUGCUCUGGUCCAUGGGGUCACGAAGAGUCGGACACGACAAAACAACAAAAAAUUGCUAAACUUCUCUUUAUCUAGCUCUUGGACUUCCUCCAGGCCACACACCUUGCCAGCCCUGUUUUGCACCAUCCUUGAGUGUUUUCUCCUGGCUGAAAUGUGUCCUUGAACUCUGAUAAUGCCUCUUGCUUAUCUGGAGGAGAGGGGUGUGUGUAUAAACGGACGUGAAGGGAAUGCCCUCUUCAGCCUAAAAAUGGUUCCCCACCUGAUCAGGCAGCACAAUCUGUAACUGUUCCCUUUGAAAUGCUACAGUUGUAUUAUCUAACAGCCCCAAACCCAAGACACGUAUUCAUAAUUUGGCUGCAUUUUAUUUAGAGAAAGUUCACCCUGCUUCUCUCUCCUAUUCAAACACUCACAAGUGAUCAAGAAGUACACACAAUACGUAUAAAAAACAAUGUUUAUUAUAUCUGUCUCGUGACCUAAAGCCAGCAUACCCUAACAUUUUCACUCUCUGGGCAAACAAAAAAGCACAUACAUAUUCCAACAUCACUCCAAGCAGGGUCAGUCAAAAAUGACUUUGUGAACAAGAAAUGGCUAAUUUUCUUCACUUUGAAACCUGCCACCAUCUCUGUUGGCAAUUGUGGGCCACACACCAACCAUCUUCUUUUGAAGUGCAAGGUGUAUGGACGUCUAAGAUUCUGCUGCAGGCAGGCAAAAUAGGACCCUAAGCAUUGUACAAGUAUAAGAACUUAUGACCCCCAACGUUAACAUAUAAAACAUUCAUAAUUAAAAUAUGCAAAAAACACACAAUUCCAUUAAAACAAAGCAAUUAAAACAGGAGCCUUGGAUUGUGAGAUGAAGGGAACACUUGUGCGUAAAAAAGUGCAUCUUCAGAAACCAGUGGCAUGCCAAUGCAGAUGGGGCCUGUAGAAAAAAGAAGACAAGUUAGCACUCUGCUUUGGUUUUGUACUACUGUAUGCCUUCCUUCCACAUAGCAUAUUUUUAUUGGUUUCAUUUAUGGAUCACAUGCUAUGAAUAAUCUCAAAGCAAUUUCACAUCUAUUGCAUGGAUCCUUCUGCUUGUGGGACAUAUAGGAGCAUGGGUUUCAUUGCCCAACACGUUGAGCUGAUGGGCAAUAAGCUUAAUGCUCCCUUUGCUUUAUGCACCGUUAUCUCACCCAAGGCCACUGGAGGAGGCCAGGGAUGAUUUUCAGACAGUGCCCUAACAACCUGUAGGCACAAUACAGAACCCAAAGUUAUGCAACCACCUACUGAGUUUUCUAGCACUCAGAACUAAACUGUUUCAAGCUAGGAAUGAGGAAUGGGAGAGCCAUGCAGCGCUAUGGAAUUUAGUGGGUCUUCCUUCAAAGUAAGCUCACAUAGGGCUUCCAAUAUAUCAACUGUCCUUGGUGCAUCCAUCCUCCUAGUUUCACUUUUAAGUAAUCGCCCCCAACUAGGUUCAUCUUAAGAGUGUGAAAUGGCACCCGAAUUAAUGCAAGUCCCUCCCUACGUCUAGGGAGGUGCAAAAAUUCCAUAAAAGCAUUUUUAUGGUACUUUUUCAACAUUUAGAUGUUUGCCGCCCUGAGAGUUGAUAACGAAGUUGCUUGUGAGUUUUCCUUUUAGCUUCCACAAUUCUUUUUUUUUAAGCGGAGACAGAAAAUAUGAAAUGUCUGCUGGUAUCGCGGCAGACGUUCCACUAUUCACGUGUGCACCGGUCGGAAAGCUGCAUAGUCCGACGUGCAACAGUGCAAAUGUACCCGCAUUAGCUCGGAGACCAAAUUUCGGGCCUCAACUCCCGGUGGCGGGAAAGAGCCUCCAAAGCCGGCAGCGAGAAAAAGGCGCGUGGCAAGAAACUACACAUCCCAGCAUCCCUUGCGCCCUAGGCCUAGCUGCCCCAAUGACCAACUGACGAGGAGCAUGCUGGGAGAUUUAGUACUUCACCUAAAAGCAGCAACAUCAUAACUUCUUAGGGCAUUUUUUUUAGCUAAAUAAAUGUAACCAACAGCUUGCUUUUUCCAUACAAUUUGAAACACCACAUGCCCCCCCUUCUCCCGUUCCCGCCACAUGCCCUCCACCUACCUUGCGCCUGCGAGACUGCAACUUCCUUCCUCCAGUCCGAACUUUUAUAAACUUGGGUUUUUAAUCAUGCUCGAUCCGGGGCUCCCUCCUCCAGCAUAACACAUAACAAGCCUUUUACGGCUGCGCAUUAGCUCUAGGUAAGGGUGGGGCGGAGGAACAUGUAUGUAUCGCUCGAGGAAGUAGUUCUCGCGAGAUGCGCGGCAUAUAAAUAGGCCUCGCCGCGCGGUUUCGGCCUUCUAGUCGAGAACACGUAAGUUGGGGCAUGUUUCCUUUGGGGCUGGGGAGGUUGCUGAAUCCGUCGCCAUCGAGGGUCUGGGAGCCCGGAUUUUGGACAAGCCCACCGCGAGGGGGAUUAGGAAUAGUCCCCGUCUCAUGGGGAGGAAGGAAUUUGGGGUUUUUUUCUUCUUCAGGUAGUGAUGGGGUUAAGGGCAAGUCAGAGGCCCAGUUCAACAUGGAUCAGAAACCUUUUAUUAGACUUUAGCAUCUCAGAAUGUACCUUGAGGUUGAGCCUCUUCAGAAGCAAUAAAUAUAUAAAUUCUUGCAUUUAGAAGUUCAGUAUAUUGAGGGGGACAGGAUUUAGCCAUUGAAAUGUUCGGCCUGAAGUGGUACUGGCAAUCUGUAUCUGGCCCCCUUGAUGUUUCUGUUUGAUGAAUGAGUGGAAAGUUUCAUUGUCGUUGGAUAGGAGGUGGGAGUUGACUAGAAGAAUGACAAAAGUUCAUUCCAGUUGAAAUUUGGGGAUGGCCUAAUUAGAGAAGGGUUUGGGGUUUCUCCCUAAUGGGAGUGAGGUUGCUAUGGAAUGUUGAUCAUUAGAAGACAGCAAGACUUUGUUUUAAAGGUCUGUGGUAUCCAUCAUACUUGCUACUUAUUUGUUUUUCUGAUUAUGCAAACUGCUUUAUGGACUGUUGGUGGAUUCAGUGGGUUUAACUUGGGAUCAAGAAGGUGGGAUUUAAGUUCAUUGACAGGUGUAGAUCUCCCUCCUCCUUUAAAUGGUUCUUAUAUGUAUAAGAACCAUUAUAUAUUAUAUUAAUAUAUAAGAACCACUAAUAUAUUAAUUUAACAUUUUGAAAAGAAACCAUGAAAUGGGAGCUACCUGGGAAAAUCUAGGGCAUCUUAAUUUUCUUGGCAUUGGUGCUUGUGAAUUUUGACACAUUUCUGUCACUGCCUAGGGCUGCUGAUUCCUAAAAAUGUGCUUUGGUCAGCACCCUGCAUCAACUUUGAAAUGUGAUCACAUCUAUAUGGUUCCAUUUGCUACUUGAGGGUAGAAACAAUUUUCCCUACUGCUUUUGUUGCUGUUCCAGCACAAUAUCUGUCACUGUUUAUUAUGUCGUGAGCUUAAUGCACUAAAAAGUUUGAUGUGUUUUGUUUCUACAGCAAAUGGCGGACGACGCCGGUGCUGCGGGAGGGGCAGGGGGAGCUGGAGCAGCUGCAGGUGGAGGAGCUGCUGCCAGGGGAGGCUUCCGAGGAGGCUUUGGCAGUGGAGGCCGAGGGCGUGGGAGAGGCCGUGGCAGGGGACGUGGCCGAGGGCGUGGAGCUCGGGGCAAAGCUGAAGACAAAGAAGUGAGUUCAAGUCACCUUUUUGGUGUUUUUAGGGAGCCUUUGGCAACCUGGUUCCCUCCAGGUGUUUAGACUACAACUCCCAGCAGCCUCUUUCCAGCAUGGGAUGCUCAAGUUUUUUGAGUAAACUUUGAAGAAAUGGAAACUUUCCUUAGAUGGGUUUGGUUUUAGAGUUGCUAGGGUUUCAACCAUGUCCAGUGCCAUGAUCAAAUUAUUGGCAGGGGCAGACUACUCCUAGAAAGCAGAUGAGAGGUGCUAUUUUGGAAUGAACUGCAAUUUUUAAAAAACAAAUCGUUGCAGAUAGAAAAUUAGCAGAGCUGAUAGAUUAUGUUCAAAUAGAUGAAAACCUUUCUUUUGUAUACCCAUUUUUUAACAGCAAAUCCUACCCGUAGCUUUUACGUGGAAAAGAUUGACAUUGUAGUUACUUUUCUGUUAGGGUGGUUAAGGCUGCAGUCAAUGUUUCUUGUAUAUAUGGAAUAAAGAUCAACGUACAAUGUUUGAGCAGCUUGAACUGAUUGCCUUUCAUCCCCCCCCCCCCCCCAGUGGAUUCCAGUCACCAAACUUGGUCGCCUAGUAAAGGACAUGAAAAUCAAGUCUCUGGAGGAGAUUUACCUUUUCUCCCUUCCAAUCAAGGUACUUGCUCUAUGUUAGGGGCUCUGUAGGGUUUCUCAGGACUGAGAAUGAUUCACAGUGCUUUUCCAUUGGUAAAGUUUACCAAGAGGAGGGGUUUAAGUCAGAUCAUUGGUCUAUCUAGUUCAGUAUUGUCUCUACACUGAGUGGCAGCAACCAUCCAAGGUUAAUGCAAGAGGCAUUCUCAGACAUACCUGGACAUUCUGAGGAAUGAAUCCAGGACCUUCUGCAUCAAAGGCAGGUGCUGUCUCUUUUCCCCUAAGGAGAAGAGGUCAGUUGGUGGCUCUCCAUGAUGGCUGUCUGAAGUCAUCUUGUGUUCGGAGCUACUGCUAUGCCAUUGAAUCGCAGCAGCAGGAGAGGUCUGUUGCAUUAAUGCUCUCCUUGUGGGUCUCUGGGGACAUCAUACAUGACAGUGUUGCAAAGGAACGAUUGGAGCCUUAAAGUAUGCUCCCAAUUGUUCCUUGGUAAGCAAGGCUUGCUAUUGUUGCCGAUCAGCUGCACAGCACUGAUCAACUGUUGGGCACUUAAAGCAAGCACUGUAGGGAAAUAUUUCCUUUCGGAUCACAUGGGCAAAGGAAAAUACUGCACUUUGUGUCAGAUGCUUGACAGGUGAACCUGCCUACUUGUCACAAUGGGAAGAAGUCGGGAUCUGGCCAACUAGCCAGAUCCAAUACUCCUCCUGAGACAUACCAUUGUUUUAAUACAGCAAACUUUGUGAUUAAUUUAUGCUUACCACUAGAGAACUGACCAGUUAAUGUUGCCUUCACAGGAGUCUGAAAUCAUUGACUUUUUCCUGGGCUCAUCCCUGAAGGAUGAGGUUUUGAAGAUCAUGCCUGUUCAGAAACAAACCCGGGCUGGUCAGCGCACCAGGUUCAAGGUAAUGUUUUGCAUCCAUAUGAAUUCCAGAAAUUGAUCUAUUUUUGAUUGGCCUCAGGCAACCUUUACAGCAGAAAUUCACCCCAAAAAUUGUUUUCUUGGAGGCACAUUCAGCCUGACCCUGAAGUGUGUUAGUUUUGGCCAGAGCAGGAGCACACUUACCAUUGACAGACCUUGCUCUUUUACAUUUAUGAAUGAACUACUUACCUGUUUGCGUCUGCCUUGCCAAAUCUCUGAGCCAAUCACAUAUGAUGUAGAGAUGCUAGAGAAUUGACAGCCAACGGCAGAGGCUGAUUGGUAAGAGGCAAAGCCAGAGCAAUUAAUCCUCCUCGAAUCAUCUCACAGGGUUGGCUAAAAUUGGGCUCCCAAUUUGUUGCUGGACUAAAACUCCUAUAAUUGCCACUGUUUGGGCUGAUGUGAGUUGUAGUCCAAAACACCUGGAGGGCACCAAGUUGAGGAAGGCAGAUAAAGAGAAGUGGAUUCCAAACGGAUGAAUUGACAUGAACAUCCUGUUUUUAGUUGACAUGGUCAGGGUGCCUGUGUUCCUCGGGAAUGCCUGUAUAACACUGGUAUGUUCCGUUGAGGCUUCUAUGUGUGGAUUUUAGCUGCACCCCUGAUGAGGCUUCUCUUGUCUUCCUUUUCAGGCCUUUGUGGCGAUUGGUGACUACAACGGUCACGUUGGUCUUGGGGUCAAGUGCUCCAAGGAAGUUGCCACCGCGAUCCGUGGGGCCAUCAUUCUUGCGAAGCUGUCCAUUGUGCCCGUGAGAAGAGGCUACUGGGGGAACAAGAUCGGCAAGCCGCACACUGUACCUUGCAAGGUAACAUUUGACACUUUGCCAAACCAGGGCUUGGGACUUCAAAUUAGGGUUAUUCACAUUAAAAUAUCCAUGCCAGUUUCUUACCGUGUGAAACUUGUGUUUGUUUAGGUAACAGGUCGGUGUGGCUCAGUACUUGUGCGUCUCAUCCCUGCACCACGUGGUACUGGAAUUGUCUCUGCCCCAGUUCCCAAGAAAUUGCUGAUGAUGGCUGGUAUUGACGACUGUUACACAUCAGCGAGGGGCUGCACUGCCACCUUGGGCAACUUUGGUAUGUUUCUAUACUUCUCAAUUUACUUGGUUCUGUCUUGAAAAAUGACAGUGCAGUGCAAUAGAUUGUGUCACUGUUACAAGUAAUUAAUGUAAAGGGCAGCAGUAGGCAUCAUGGGCCAUAAGGAAGAAAAGUCUGGCAAGCUGCCAAUUUCUUUAGGACUUUUGGUUAAGGGAGGUGAGAAAUACUUCAGCCUUUGCCAACUUUGUGCCUUCUUGUUGGGACCGAUAGGAGCUGUAGUCUAAAACAUAUGGAAGGCACCUGGUUGAGGUGCAGCUAUACUGUGUGUAUAUGUUUACAGACACACACGCAGUAAGUACUGCCUUUUGGGAUGUGUUUUGGUAAAACUCUCUCCGCUCUGCUCAGUUGUACCUGGCCCAAGUGGUGCAACUGUCGUUUUUCGAGAGGGAAAGCAAAUGAGUUUGUUUGCACGGCAGUGAGAUUCAAUGAAAUAGUCUCCCUGUUCCUUUUCAUACUCAACAAAGCAAUUAUUUUUCCAGAGCGGCAACUGGCAACUGGUUUUGGUGCUGCCAGCUCAGUCUCGUGUACAUUGGUGACCAUGUAUUAUCUUUCUUUUUCUGUAGCCAAGGCCACCUUUGAUGCCAUCUCAAAGACCUAUAGUUACCUUACCCCUGAUCUGUGGAAAGAGACUGUGUUCACCAAGUCACCUUAUCAGGUAAGAGCAGCCUUGAGAGUUGUAGCAUGCAUCUAAGAUGUCUUUGGGAAUUAGCUUUAUUUCAUGAAUCUGUGCUCAUAGGCAGGGGUGGGGAUAAAAGAACCAGCAUUUCAAUUCUUUUGAGGGCUGUAUUUAACAGAAUAUAGCUGCUGCCAUCAGGUCAAGCUGCACUUAGCAGGUUUGACCCACUUCAAAAGAUUACCUGGGGCGAAUGAGGUUCAGAAACAAUUUGUAUGUUUAUGGUCUCUUUGCCUUUCCCUGCAGGAGUUCACUGAUCAUCUUGCAAAGACUCAUGCUACCAGAGUGUCUGUGCAGAGGACCCAAGCAGCUGCUGUGGCAACUACCUAAAAGGUGUACUUUAAAAUAAAGUGACCAAGAGUGAUUUUUAAACCAGUCACGCAAAUCGUGUGUGGUAUUUGUUGUUGGAUGGGUUAUAGGACAUCAGUGCCUCCAGAGGAAAUAAAG